AAAGAUGAACUGUGCGAGAAGUUUAGUUAAAACGAACAAGCCUAUUUCCUUUGACCAAUCAGAAAUUUGUCAAAAGAUGCAAGAAGGAACAUAAACGAGAUGAAUUGUCAAGCGGUGUCGACGCAGGUUGGUGAACGACUGGUGGAAGAUCUGUGGAGUCUACGCAGGCCGAUAGAACGCCACAGAUUGUCUAGGCGUUUCCCGUGUUCACCGACAGGUGGCGCUACUUGCGUCCAACAAUCCCCGGACCGGACCACCGUACCGUAUCGCCGACGACGGCGACGACGCCGAUGAUUUGCCGUCUGCUCCGCUCCUCGCUCCAGCGUCAUAGCCAGCGUAUUCAACAGUAUACAAGUGUAUUCGAGCGCGGAAAGCCCGGUGGACCGUCGCGUUGCGUCGAGCGUCGAGCGAUUCUCCGCGCGCGCAAGCGAAUCGUCGCGCCGCUUCCUGCCGUCGCCGUCGCCGUCGGAGUCCUCCGUUGGAAGAGAGAGAGGAGCGCAUCUCAGCGCAUCUGGAGCAUCCAGGAGCGCGCGGCAGAACCGCAGAAGGGGGACGCGCGCGUCCUACGUUCCGUCAGCGCGUCUUUUCGCGACGUCUCGCGUUGGGACGCCGCCUGGAUCAUCGCUAGAGUCUCGCAUCCCCGUCGCUCCCUCGUGACCCGGACAAAAUGGGGACGUUCUGCUACAACUUCUCCAAGUACACGCUGGCGGCCAUGAGCCUCGUGUUUUUGAUAAUCUCGGUGACGGUGAUAACUCUGGUAGCAUGUAUGUUAUCGGACAAAACGUAUUUAGUAUCGAUCGCCGAGGAAGGGAACAACUACGAGGCAGGCCUGUACAUUUUGCUCUGCACCGGAAUCCUCAUGCUCAUCGUCUCCGUCCUAGGCUGGUGCAGUGCCUUCAAGCAUUCUCGAUAUUGUCUGGCCACUUUCUUCAGCAUCAUGCUCGUCAUCGUGGUCGCGCAAGUCGCCUUCGCCGGCUGGCUUUACGCCCAUGGGGACCGCCUGGACGAACUGGUGCGAUCUUCCGUGAUAAACACAGUUAAGGAUGAAUAUGGCGAGAUACAAUGUCGCACGCAGAUCAUGGAUACGAUUCAGGCCACUCUCGAAUGCUGCGGAGCUAAUGGACCUGCGGAUUGGGCCGGCAGCAAGUACGCAAGUCAGGAAUCCUCUCAAUCUCAAUUGCGGUUAUCUUUUGGUGUUUCAAACGCUAACAACGUGUUUAAAAUACCAAAAUCUUGCUGCAAAGAUGCGACCAGCACCGCCUGCAGCGAGGGUCGCCUGAUGAAGGUUGCCGGAACCGUGAGCUCCGCGAUUUACAGUGAGGGAUGCAUGGAAAAGUUGGUGACUACACUGAAGACCCAGAGUUACCACUUUAUGGGUGCAGCGAUACUGGUCUUAGCCCUAGAAAUUCUUAGUCUGAUACUCGCUCUAAUUUGCUGUUGCAAAGGCGGACCAUCAGAUAGAUACAAAGCCUAAGUUGACUCGUCGCGCGUAUCGUGUAAGAAUCUAUUAAAUAGAGAAGGUAAUCACACAGAUGUUUCAUAACUGUGGAAUAUUUGUAUUAAUUUGACCAGACAUAUGUGUGACUUAUAUUGAUGGAGAUAUAAUUAUUUAAGAUACAUAUAAUAUAUAUAUAUAUAUAAGCCUUCCAAAAUUUUCGAGAGUGACAGCAGGACUGUAGAAAGAAGUCUGAUUAUAAAUGCUUCCUAAUUAAUUUUAAAUGCACUCUGACUCGGUGCGAAUUUUAUUGAUCUUUAUUGUCAUUAACAGUUUUUUACAUUUGCGUAAUAUUAUUCAAUUCGACUCUCAGUCUAUAUUUAUACCUGCAUAUCUUACAUGACGAUAUAAUGUACUGGACAAGAAUCUUGAUUUUAUGAAUAUAGAAGAAGUUAGGUGCGAAUUUAAUGGACACUCUUUUUGAUUACUGCCAAAAAUGCUCUUCUACAUAAAUAUAUAUAUUUCCAGUUUAAAGACUUUUAUGUACAUAAGCAUUUACCAUCUUUCACAAGGUACCUACAUAGCUAGGGUUUCUUCGGGCCAAAGUAGUAACCAAACUAACGCAUUGCGUUGACACAAAGUGAAAAUUAUUAUAUUUUAAAUUGCAUAAUGAGGUAUUAUAGAAAUAUUAUUUCUAUGACGAAAAGUAUAUCUUGUGUUGCAUCUGAUAUAUUUAUAAUCUUACGAGCGCGUUUAAUAUCUCGCAUGACGUUAAGUUGCUGAUUUUUAUUUACUUUAGGCUUAUUGCUAAAAGAUUAGAAGCUAUAUUUUCACAUGACUAAUCUUAAUUAGGAGUGUAGGGUUUAACGAUCUGAGUAUAGGAAUCUCGAGAUAUUGAAUGGUGAUCAGUUAUCGUGUCUUACACCGAUUAACGUUUCUUUAGCGUUAAUCUCGCGAAUCAAAAUAGGGAAAGAACAUGCACCUACUAAUACAUACAAUACAAUCAAUCUAAUACUUUAACUUACUACAGCGCGAUCGUCAUAGUGUCUAGUCUGUAAACGAUUAAUGUUAACUUAUCGACUUAUCUACUUGCUUUAUUUCUCACGCGAUAUAUGAUAUAUUUUAUAUAUUAUUUUUUAUAUACAUAUUAAUAAUAAUUUUCUAUAGAUUCUAUGAAUAGUAAUAACUGUUACCACCAAUUUUACAAAAAGAACUACUACUUAUAGAGUUUACAUACGUAAUAAUAAUAUGUUCGAUUUUAUAUAAAUUUUACUAAUCGCAACAAAUUAUUAUACCGCGAACAUUGCUUUUGCAAGUAACGUUUUAUUAAAGCCAUAUCAAUAUUUUUAUAAUUCGCCACUAAUUCCAGAUAAGUCUUCGAAAUGUUUAUAUCGUAUCUGAUGUGCUAUAUAAUACUCGGCUUAUUAAUAUAAUACAAGAUGUUGGUUGUAUGCAAGAGACAUUGCGUAAUAUAAAAAUCCAUAUUUCUAAACAUUGAUAUAUUGUGUUAUUAAGAUUCUUAUGGAAAUUUUAGUAAUUUUACUCGCAUGGGUGGUCGAUUAAUUUAUACAAGUUUGCGUUGGGAAUCAAUCUUUUUAGAAUUUUUUUAGACAUCUUGACAAUUAUCGCAAGAGAGCGAAAAUUCAAACAAACAAAGCAAACAUCUAUAAACAGAUGACGAAUUCUGACAGAAUUCAUUAUUAAACCAUGACACAGCAUAUUCCGCCGUAAAAAAAAUAAAGUUAUAGUAGCGAACGAAGCCAUCGAUGUUAUAUUAAAAGUUGUAACGCAAAAUAAUUGUUACGUGUAUAUGUAGAAAUACAAAAACGGCGUGUAACAGCAAUACGUAUGUUGACUAAAAAACAAGACACACACUUCUUUGAUUCUGCAUUAUAAUGCUCGUACACCAGCACAAAAACAUGCACCCAUCUGUAUAAUUCUCAUGUAUUCUUGAUCGGACUGUUCUAUUCUGAUGUUACUUUACAAGUUUAUUUUUUGACGUGGAUUAUAUUUGUACAAUUUUUAGAUGUUCAUGAUUAAUAUACAAUAAGGAAAUUAU